AUGAGCAGUUCAAGAAGUGAUCCCAUGUUUGGUCAUGCAAUGGUGUUUGUAGCGAAAGCAAAAUCUAUGCUUACGACAGAAAAGUAUAGCGAGUUUUUAACACUCCUAUACAAUUACCAGCGUGCCAGAAGAAUUGAUAUAGGAGUUUUCAAACAAGGAGUAUUUGAGUUGUUUAAAGAGCAUAAAGAUUUAAUUUCAAGAUUCAACAUGUUCUUGCCUCAGGGACACAAAUUCUCACUUCCAUUGGAUGAUGAUGAUGAUGAUGCAUUUGCGGUCGAAGAUGAAAAGAAGGAUGUUGCAUUGGCAGUCAAAGAUGAUGAACAUCAAGGUGAUGGCGGUGCAUUAACAGUAAAAAAAGAACCGAAAGAUCAUGAUGAACAUCAAGGUGGUGGCGGUGCAUUAACAGUCAAAGAAGAACCGAAAAACGAUGAAGGAAAAAAAGUUUGA